AUGGAUAAUGGUAAUGGGUCGUCUUGGAACAUUGAUCCAUGUAGAAGGCUCAAUGACCUGGAGAUUCAAGAGGUAAUGAAAUUUUCGAGACUUUUAGAUAAUCAAGGAGAGCUUAAUGCAGACGACGAUAAACGGGAGGGGAGAUCUAAUCCAAAAGGUACAUUUUCUGUUAGUUCUUGCUAUGCUUGGAUUAUGCAUAAUCAUGGACAAUUCACACCUUUAAAUUUUCCUUCUAAAUACAUUUGGAAUAAGACAAUUCCUCCUAAAUUUAGUUUCUUGGUGUGGGCUGCCGCCAAUGGAGUUGUUCCUACUCUCUCCAUGUUGUCCAGAAGGGGUAUGACAGUAGUAAACAUUUGUGCAUUUUGUAAUACCAGUGAGAAGUCUGUAGAGCAUUUGUUCCUUCACUGUUCUUUUAUUAGGCAGAUAUGGGAUCAUUUUUUACAGCAACUGGGGUUUGUUUGGGCUCACCCCACGACAAUUAUCGAAUUCCUUUGGAAGUGGAAGUUGAAGAUCUCUACCAAGCCUCUCAUUUUCUUGAGAUUUUGUCUACCCUUUGCGAUUUGGUGGUCAGUUUGGUUGGAAAGAAAUGACAUUAUAAUAGAGAAGAAACAAAGAAGAAAAACUUUAAAUUCUCUUAUUUUGGAUAUCAAGUUGUUGUUACUUGGUUGGGCUGUCAAUAUUGAUUCUUUUAAGAACAUAAAGUUUGAUGAUUUUGUUUUCGAUUGGGUGAAUUUAUUUAAGGAGUAG